ACUCACUGCACGUUUUCCAAGAUGGAGGCCGACUUGUAUGAUGAGUUUGGAAACUACAUUGGCCCAGAACUCGACAGCGACGAGGAAAGUGAAGACGAGGAUGAAAUUGGGGAAGAGGAAGUCGCAGAAUAUGUAAGUAGAGUAGGUUUUUGGACACAACUGGGGUGGAUGUGAGUUUUUUCUUUGUGAGUUCGUGCAUGCUUUAAUGUCAUCUUCACGUCUUUGUAACGUCAUCGAAAGCCUUCUCGGGUUAACUUUAUCCCUUGAAGGCACUGUAAAUUGGCCAUUAAAGUUUCUAUAUAAGGCAUUUUAUAAGAACCCAGAGCGUAAAAUUCAAAUUUCCUUGACUUCAAUAUUCAUGCUGCAAAGUUGCAUGUUCUGUUGUUGCAAUCAUUCAUCCAACCAGGACGUAACAUGUCCAUAGAAAUCGAUCAUCGGAAAGCAAGUCGAUAAGUCGAUAGUACUCGAUAUUUGUCAAUAAUUGUCGAUUGACAAGUUAUAUAUGUCGAUAAAAGUCGAUAAUCACAAUGAUCGAAGGACAGGUAAUCGAUUUCGAUCAACUCUUAUCGAUUUCUAUCGACAACAAAACAAUUCUAACUUGCAGUAACUCGAUCGUCUUUGAGAAUUGAACGUGUAAGCAUUUGUAAGGUAUUUAACGAAAAUGACAAUAAACAGCGAUGAAAUUGCAUUGAAUCAAAUCUGGAAAAAAGCAGAUGUCAUUACUUUUAUUGCCUUCCUUUGCAAUGAGCUGCCUUGUAAUUGCAGGUUUGCAGCUCUCGCGUUCAUACUUUUGCCCCGCAUUUUUUCCUGCUCCGUAAUUCUUUUGGUCAGCACACACACUGUACUGGCAUUUGUGAUAGUUUUCGAUAAAAAUCAAAUUUUAACCUAAAAAGUUGAUAGGAAUAGAUAAUUACACGGAAUUUUGUGAUUGACUAUUAUCGAUUUCCGAUAUUUGUCAAUUAAUUGGUAUUGGUUAUUACCAACAGCGAUCAAUUUUUAUCGAAUAUCGGAAUAAUCGACAUGUGACGUCCUGAUCCAACACAGCAAGCAGAAGGGUACAGCAAAAGCCUCUCACUUGAGAAUACUAUUGAAUGUUGCAUUGGAGAUAUUCCAUUACAGUUCACCACAGUUUUGAUUUAACACACUGAUGUAUUCACACUACAGAGCAAAGUUUGUUAUUCAAUACUAUUGAAGUCACAGAUAAAUUAUUAAUGUUAAUGAAAGUCACUGAGAAGAUUAUUUCUUCCAAACCCUAGUGAAUAAAAAAAAAAGGAAAGAAAAAAAUGUAAUCUCAUUUGUUUCAAUAAUUAUUAUACUUGGUACUAUAUUGCUAGGCUGAAGAAGAUGAAGAUGAGCAGAUGGAUCAGGAUGAAGAACCUCAAAUGCAAGUUGUUCUACAUGAGGUACUUUGUACGCUGUCUAGCAGCAGCCUUUAAUCUCCAAGAUCUUGGCAUGAUAAUUAUAUACUGAUAUUAAAAAAGUAUUUAUUAUACAUGUACGAGAUAAUAUUGGUUAGAAUUCCAUGCUACACCAGGCUUGAGAUACCAUAACUCACUGGGCCAAAAAAAUAAUCUCAAUCAUUAGCUCUCUCCCUGAUAUUGUGUUCAUCAGAAUGCAUCCUAAUGCGCUGUUCCUGUGGUACAAAGGCAGAAAUUUUUUAGCUAUCACAGGCGAUUACCGAUUAGCUGCCCCUGUUAAUUUUAUCAGGGGCAUCUUGGCCUCAGGAAACUAGACUCCUUUGGACUUGUUCGAUGUUAUGCUCAUAGGAUAAGAUGAAUGCAGAUCCAUAAGCAAUGAUUAUUGUUGGUCAAAAUUAAUAGUAAGGAUUCCAAGACUUCAUUCAACACUUCAAUGGCAGCUUUGAAAAGGGGUUUGGAGGAGAAAUUUAAUUUGUGAGGUAUAAAUUAAAGGCAGGAUACAAAGCUGUCAAGAAAAAGGAGUAAAAACCCUUUCUUAAAAAAUUAUUAGUGAACCCGAAUAAACUACCAACUGAAACAAAAUUAAUACUGUGUCAGCUGGGCUAAGUUUUAACUAAGCUCUAGGAGUUCAACUGAGCAAAUAAUUACACUGUAUGGUAACUCUACAAUAUUUUGAUACUGUAAAUAAUACAUCACAUGUUCAUCCUAAGUCAAUUAACAGCUGAUUGUGGCUAGACAACUGAGUGUAGCGUGUUUUUUAAAGGAGUAUGCUGUAAUUAACUGAUUUUCUUUUCAUGGUUUGCAGGAUAAAAAGUAUUACCCCACCGCAGAGGAGGUUUAUGGCCCAGAAGUGGAGGUUAGAAUUAUUCUUUCACCUGCCAUUUAAGAUUAUCUCACCCCUUAAACAGAUGCACAAGUACAAGACUGUAUCAUUGGCCAGAAAUUCUGAGAAUAAACUGUACAUACAGAGUGUGCAGUCAUGUUAUUGUAAGAAGUGCAUGUCUAUAUUAAGCAGUGCAUAGCAUUUUAGUAUAGUGCUAUGGAAAAAAAAUAAUCCUUGUGAACAGGGAUGAUGAUUCCCUUCAUUGAACCGUUGUACACUAAUGGCAUUACUUUUUGUCUGAGUUUUCGUGCAUGGUACUUAUUAUUGUUUUCUGAUUUGUUUUUAGACUAUUGUACAGGAGGAAGACACACAACCUUUAACAGGUUAAGGGGUUAAGUUUUAUGUAGUAUUUUCACUAUAAAAAAAUUAUUGCCUCACUUAGAAAAGCGAAAAAAUAAUGUUCAUGGCCAUUGGAUUUUAGACAAUGAUUAACAAUUAUUGAAUGAGGCUGAGUAUGUUAUGAAGAAUUAUGGAGAUCAAGGAGGGUGUUAUCCAUUGAGGCCGUAGGCCAAGGUGGAUAACACCCUCUGAGAUCUCCAUAAUUCUUCAUAUGAUAUGAAAGCCGAAUUCAAUAAUUGUUUUAUUAUUCAUUCAAAAUAAUUCCUAGUUUAAAAACAUGGCUAAAACAUACUUACCUCCAUCGAUCCAUCAAUGUUCAGUUCAUCUUCGAUAGCGCACGUUUAGGUUUGUCCAGCUCCCCAAAUAUUCUCCAAAUAGCAGAUGUCGCCCUUUGAGUUGUCGUCUUGCUGUUCUGGCCAUGUUUUUAGCUAUUUUUUCGCCUAGUUCUUACUCUUGAAACGAGUGAAAUGUCCACCAUUUUUCGUUUUCACAAUCAAAACAACCCAACCUCAUCCCCAGGUCUUCUUGGUUAACGGUGCCUUAACCUGCACGAAUGCUGCAUUUUUGACGUCAUUUCCUUGUUAAACACAAAAUUCUUCCAAAUUUGGUCAUCAGAAACUGGUUAUGGUGAAUUAUGAGUGUGCCUUUAGCCAAUCAGAAUCAGGGAAAUAUUUUGAAUGAAUAAUAAUACUUUUGUAAUGAACGUAUAUUUUGUUUUCUUGCUGUUGUACAAUGUAAAAUGACCCUCCUAUGUGUACUUUAUUUACAGAGCCUAUCAUCAAACCAGUGUCAAAAAAGAAGUUUUUUCAUGCAGAACAAGAUCUUCCUACAACAAACUAUGAUGUUGAGUAUGUAAAACCAUCACAAAUUACAGAACUGGCUGUUUAAUCAUUUAAAAUUAAUAAAAAUAUAUGAAUAUUUUUAUUUCUGGCAGUUAUUUUGUCAUGCAAAAUUUUAAUUAAAAAAUAUUCUUUGUAUCCAACAUUACUAUUAAGAACGAAAAAGAGUUGAGAUUUUGACAUGUAUGUGCAUGAUUUUAAUGCAAAUGUGCCAGUAGAGUAGCUUCAUUAUUUUGUCAUAAACACAGGUCAGUGAAAAUAAUAUUUCUGUGUAACAGAUUUACCGGUAUGUGAUUUUAAGUCUCAAAUUGUACUGCAUGUACAGUGUACCAUUUAAAUGUUAUUUUUGUCAUCUGUACACAGGUAUUUGGCAGAUUUGAUGGAUAACUCUGAGCUCAUUAGAAAUGUGGCUUUGGCAGGACAUUUACACACUGGAAAGGUGCAGAGAAAACUAACUCUUUCACCAGUUCACCAAAUAAAAUAAUGUAGACACUUGUUUAAACAGCUGCAUGUACUUUUUUGGUAGCAUCCUACAUCUGUACACAUUUUUUCUGAGGUACCUGUUGAUGACUACUUUUGAUGACCUUUUCCUCAGAAAUCAUGGGAUUUUGCAUUCUUUUCUGGUUUUCUUGGUUGGAUACUCUAUAAUGCGUGUCUCUUUUGCAUGACCUAUGCAAAAUUAUUUUUCAUGCGUGGAACUUAAUAUCGGGUAAUAUAAUCACAGCAAAGCAGCAGAAAAUCAGAAAAUCAACCCUGAAUUGUUUUGCAAGUGUACUAUUGAGACAUGAAAUAUAAGGCUUUUUUCUAUUGGUUUGUUGUCUGCAGUCUGUUUUUGUGGAUUGUCUCAUUGAACAAACUCACCAGGACAUUCAGGCAAAGGAAGGCACUGAUGUAAGUUAUUACAAACAAUUAAACAAUGUUAGUUGAAACAGUAUGCUUAGGUUGUUAAAAUAUAUUAUUACUGGUAGUUGAUGUACUCGGAAUUAUGCUACACAGUUUCUGUUUGAAAUUGGACAAAGUAAGGUUUGCAACAACAAAAUAAUAAACAAUUAUCGCAUGAGGUUUUUGUGAUAUCCAGAAAAAUGAAGGUCGAGGUAAGUGUUAUCUGUUGAGAAGAAGGCCAAAGCUCAUAACACUUAGGUCGUGACCUUGAAAAUUUGGAAUAUCCCUAAAACUGGAUUUAAUAAUUGGUUAAUAAUACAUUGUUUUGAAGAAAAUAACGACAAACACACCUUCGCAAGGAACCUGAAUUGAUGUUGUUAUUAGAAAUCAUGCAUUGUUCACGCAACGUACAGAUUAGUCAGUUAUCUGCUAUCAGAUAACUUAACUCACUGAGUAUCUCCUAACCACACAAUAAAUGUAACAGGUGUGUUUAGCAAGUUGUUGUUUGUUAUUUCCCGAGUGUCUACCCUGUUAUUAAUACUCUAAACAUAUUUUGCCUUUUUAUGUUCUUGCAGCUUCGCUAUACAGACACACUGUUUACUGAACAAGAGGUUAGGGAAUAAUAUGUUUUCUUAUUGAACAAGUUAUUACAGUCAAUCCUCCACUAAUGGCCACCUCUCUACAACAACCUUUUUUUCGUCCCGAUGGACAGCAAAAAAUUCAUACAUUGACUCUUGUUUAAAGCCUCUCUACAACUUCCACCUAUUUACAAUGGCUACUUCUGUCCCCAAGGUGCCCGUUGUAGAGAGGUUCAACUGUAUAUCACCAUGGGACUUGUAAAGCAUCCUUUAAAAUAUGGAGCUACAUGUCAUGGGUGAAUCUUUUGUUUUCUGUCUCAUGUGACUCGAUCGUCGACUCAAUUCUCAAAAACUUUUUCUUGAUUCUCAAUUUUUGAUUCGUGCAGGAAUCGAGAAUCGAGACUCACAACAGACUGUCAACUUACUUUUGAACGGUACUCCAUGGUACAUGUACAAAGAUUUGGUUGAUUUUUAGUCAAAACUUUUACACCUGCAUAAUUAUUUUGAGGUUUGUUAUCCUACCUGUAAGACGUGGAUACCAUAAAAUCCUCUAUUAGGCCCCCUGGGGGCUUAUUUAUUUCAAGCCCAUUUGAGGUGGGGGGGGGGGUAAUAGAAAUGGGAGGCUUAUUUAAGAGGGGGGACUUAUUUAAUUUAAAAACGACAAUGGUAUCAGUUCUCCAUAAAGAACUAGAUUGCAAAGUGGAAAAGCUCAAGUACAAGAAGUUUUAGCUCGUGCAGCUGAGGAUCAAAAUCAAAUCCGAUCUUCCAGUUGGUAAAUAAACCAUCCUGGAUCAGUCGACACGAAGUUUUACAGUCGUGGUUGAUUGAUACAGUCUAUCAUUUAUUAGUAAAGAAUAAAUAGGGGAGGGGAGGGAGGGGCUUAAUAGAGAGGGGGAGCUUAAUAGAGAAUUUGCGGUGGUGUUUAUGUAACACAAGUUGUUAUUUCUGUGUAUUGCUGUAAAAAAUUCACCACUGGAUAACUCAUAAUUAUUUUCAUGUGCAUGACCUGAGUCUUUUAAUUUGGUUCAUACCCAUUGAUACCCAACGGAGUGGAGUAAAACUGUGGUCGUUGGGUCAGCAAUCAAGAUUUUAUGGUAACAAAAUUAUACCCAAUUACUGUACUGUAUGACCUACAGUAUACAUGUAAUGUGCAAAGUGCUACUUGCACUUGUAACUCAAUCAAAUGAUAAUUUCUUUACUCUUUGUCUUUUCUAGCGAGGUCUGAGCAUAAAGAGCAUUCCAGUUUCUAUUGUUUUACCUGACACCAAAGGAAAGUCAUUUCUGGUUAAUGUAUUUGAUACUCCAGGUAGGUACUUGUUUGAAUACCUUCAAUUAAUCAUGGUUUGAGACAGUGCAAAGGUUAAAUGGUGUGAUUCUUUCUUCACAGGCCAUGUGAACUUCUCUGAUGAAGUGACAGCAGCUUUGAGAAUGUGCGAUGGUGUGAUGAUUUUUAUUGAUGCAUCCGAAGGCGUGAGUGCUCCAUAAUCAUUCUCUUUUGUCUUUAUCCCUUAUUACAGCCCUGAUUAGCAACUGUCUGUACACUGUACAUUGUAUGAUGGCUGAGCAUGUACAUGGCCUUGUGUAAUAGGCUGUAAUAACAAGAGAAAAUUGGCUUCAUGUACACUGUAGUGUCAUUUUAGUUCAUACUUUGUGAUUAUCCACCAAAGUAACUUGACUAAAGCAGUCAUUAUAUGCAGGAAAAACCUUCAUCAUUCCUUCAGUCCUGUUUGCUACCUUGAUACACCAAUAAUUGAAAUAAUUUAUGAUAAUAUACAGUCACUAUAGCUUAAACACUACAUUGUGAGAAAGUAACAUGUACAGAAGAUGAUUCCCAAUAACCAUUGCUGGUUUUCACAUGACUUUAUUAAAAUUCAAUACUUUGUGAUGAAACCAAGCACUUAUCAUCAUAUAUGUACAUGGUCAAUGGAACUGUCACAAGGUCUAAUAAUAAAUAAUAGUCAGAUACUUAGAUUGUGCAUUAUGAGUUGUAAGUCCUGAGGUGUUACAGUGUGACCUGGAAAACCGUUCAUACUGUACAAGGGGCACUGGUGGACCUUCUAGAAUACUGUAACUUGAAACAGACUCUGCAGUCUGCGUUUCUGUCAGCAUUCAGCAUAUCAUAUUCAUUUUGUCUUUCUCACGGUAGCAAUCCAUCUAUCUUCAUGCUUCUGCAUAUAAAUGUGCAUACAACACUGCCAUUUUGAUCCAGUGCAGUAACAGUAUUUUGUUGGGUCAUAUUAAGAUCAAUGGUCUUAGAAGUGCACGUUAAACUGUAGGUGUGAUAACAGACUUUGCCUUUAUAACAUUCUUUUGCCAGGUGAUGUUAAAUACAGAGAGGCUUCUUAAACAUGCUGUCCAAGAAAGACUUGCUGUUACAAUUUGUAUCAACAAGGUUGGAAUGGCAAAUUAUUUUCUGCUGAUCAUCUUUUUGAUAAUGAAAAUGAUAUUAUUUAUUUAUCUAUUUGAUAUAAUUUUUUAUCUAUCUGUAAAUGUAAUUUUGAGAUGUGGUUUUGGUGGCCAAUUUACAUGUCUGUAUGUUCUGUUAUCAGAUUGACAGAUUGAUUUUGGAAUUGAAACUGCCACCUGCAGAUGCUUACUAUAAACUAAAACACAUUGUUGACGAAGUUAAUGGACUUCUGAGGUAAAAUAUUCACUUGUUAAAUGUCAUGCCUUCAAACUCUUGUUGCAAUUGACAACUUGUACUUGACGUUUGAGUUCUGAGACUUGAGUUGAAGAAUCAUAAACGCUGUCAUUUUCAAUUUUCUUAUCUCAGUAAGUGUGGGAAACUGUCCAAAAAUCAAAAAGUUCUUUUCACGGGUUUUGCUGGGAAAAUUCAUAAUAAAUAAUUUCUAGCUUAAGCCUUCCAUUGAAAGGCUGUCACCAUAAGUUUGGGGAUAUGACAGUACUUUAAAUAUAACGUCACUUUUUAAAGAGCCCUCAAAUGCAAAGUUUCAGAAUUGUACUUUACAUGUAUGUGCACUUGUUGAUUGUUAUUGUGUGUUUGCCUGUUUAAACCUUGAAACUUCAGGACUUCUUUGUAUAGGUAAUAGCAUGAUUUGUAGUGAUAUUUCGAAAUUGUUAUACGUAAUUUCACGAGCCGUUAGGCGAGUGAAAUUUGAGACAGUUUUGAAAUAUCACGAGUGGUAUUUAUGCCAAAUAUCACGUACAAAUCAUGCUAUUAUUUGUUUAUACUACUACCCGCAAAAGAUUUGUAAUUUUCACAUGUAGUUAUUUCAAAUUAACCUGAAACACCACUCCUCUAAGCCAAUCAAAUUGCAGAAAUUUCCCAUGUAGUAGUAUAAUGGUGGGAAACGUGUUAAAGCCACUGAUGAAUUCUUAAGGGAAAAUCUCUUUUUCACUCAUAUAAUUAUUGAGGUCAACUCUGUUAUGACCAUGUCCCUCUGAGCUUUGAGCAUGUGACCACCCCUGAGCACAUGUAGCAUGGCUACAGGAGAAGCAAAUGUUCCUGGCAAAAACAUGUACUAUCUAACAGAGACACUUCGGACAGUUAUCUACACUUGAGUGACAUAAAAAAGCAAAGAAAUUAUUAAGGAGCACAUUCUCAUUUUAAUACUAGGUUUGUGUCAAUGGUAUCAAUUUUAAGAAUAAUUACUUUGGUAUUUCAGUGUGUAUUCUGAUGGUGGUGAUGAUUAUGUCAUGUCACCAUACCUGGGCAAUGUGUGCUUUGCCAGCUCACAGUUCAGAUUCUGUUUUACUCUCUACUCAUUUGCUGCUCUGUAUGUCGACACAUUUGGUGAGUCUCCCGUCUAAAAGUAUUUUUUCAGUUAUUUAGAAAAGAUAAUCCUGUACCUCGAUUAAUUUGUAAAGAAGAUGACUUGAACAAAAAUGGAGGUACAUGGAUGAUAGCAUUGUCUUCUCUACAAUUGCCUCGGUUCUGAAUUUCAGUUUUUUUUGGACCUGACCGGUGGUCCACUAAGUUUUUUUUCUAAAACUACGCCCAUACGUAAACGCUUACGCCGGAAACGUACAUUUACGCUAAAAUUUAUUAGAAAUGAUGUGAGCGUGAUUCGAUCUUAUUAAACGAUCUGAAAAGAGGAUAAACUGUAUGUGUGUAAACCGUUAUAAUUUAACUGUCUCCGUUUACUUUUUCCCACGCGGACGACUCUUGUAAAAUUCUGAUACCACAACGCGCGCCCAAUGACGUAAUCUUUUGCACAAGCACCUUUGUUUAAUUUACAUAAAUUAUUAUUUACAAAUCCUCAGUUUUGGUGUCCGCAAGUGACAACUUACAUACUGUCGUAAGACUAAAUCCGUAAAAUAUUUCGAAAUAUUGACUCGCGAUAGUACGAAAAAUUGUGGGCGUUUUCAAACGUGAAGGUAUGCGUGUAGACUCCAAAUUAAGAUGACUUCCACUUUGGUUCACUGCCCAAAGAAUAGUUAAAACAUUGCAAGUUUUGCGAAAGAUUUCAGUCAACAGUCACUGGCAAAACAGUCAAAACAAUCGAGGGUAUUAUUGUUUUACUUUUCGCCAAUAAAACUGCCUGCGUAGCAAUCGUUUCCGCACGAGUUCGUAGAGAAAGUUGGAACCUGAAGAGCAAAAAUGGCUCCAACUUUCGAGCAAUAACUCGAUCAGACAAGCUUGCUAUGCACGUUACCAGUUAAAGGGUGGAUAAAUGCUUAACGUAUGUCGUAAAAUAUAUGUUUUUGUGUUUUGUAAGAGAAGUGCUGUGCAUUUGUUCUAAUUUUCUUAGAAUUAAUAUUUUUGUUCACCUGUAGGUGGAGGCAUUGAUCCAAAAGACUUUGCAAAACGUUUAUGGGGUGAUAUGUACUUCAAUGCUAAAUCGUAAGUGUGUUUAAAGUGUACAUCAUAUUAGGUUUAACGUGCACGGAAAAAUAUGUUGCUGGGUUACUUGUAGACCACAUCGUGUUUAGCAAAAGAAGUCAUCGGCUGCUAGGCUCCCUGUAUUGUAACAUGUGCUUAAAUAAGUUAUCUUUUGCUUGGACAAGGGUACAUUGUAUGCAGCUGAUUUUGAAAAUGUGAUGUACGUGUAAUUAAUGUCAUUUUAUUUUUUUCCGUUAGGCGCAAAUUCACUCGUAAGGCUCCAUUAAGCACUUCUCAUAGAAGCUUUGUAGAGUUCAUCCUGGAACCACUUUACAAAAUAUUUGCACAGGUACAUAAUAAUAACCAUGAGUUGAAUUUAUUGAGAAUGAUGCUGUGAUUAUGAUAUUGUGUAGGUACACAGUAUUCCAGCGACAGAUUCUACCAGGAAUGAGAAUUUUAGAAAAAAAUGUGUGAAACACAAUUUUUCAAAAUUAAUCAUAGCCCUGAUGACUCAAUUAAUGAUUAUGCUAGUUAAAGUUAAUGAUAAUAUGAACGAGAAUACAAUUAAACUGACCAUAUACCUUGGUUGUAUGUUCAUAAAAUACAGCUGUACAAUGUAAUUGUCCUUUAAUUUCAGGUUGUUGGUGAUGCGGAUACAAGCCUUCCGAAACUUUUAGAUGAACUGGGUUAGUAAAAUGUAUAUUUUCGAGACUCUAGAAUCUUGAGUUUUAAGUAUAUGCAACGGUUUUUAAAGUAUGUGUGGUCUUACCAAAAACUUUUUAUUUGAUGCGCGCUUUACAUUAAAAAAGUGUUCCAUCUUGAGUUAUUAUAAUCUAAAAUAUUUACAAUCGCUAUGUUGUUUAAUAUUUUAACGUUUGUCAACUUUUGUCUUUCUAGGUAUUCACUUAUCCAAGUCUGAAAUGCAGAUGAACAUCAGACCUCUUCUUAGUCUCGUCUGUAAAAGAUUUUUUGGAGAUUUCACAGGUAGUAAAAUGGCUAUCAAUCUCACCUGGCUUUUACAAUCUCUGUGCCAAAGUGGCUUAGCUAACCAAAGAAAUAAAUUUGUAGCAGAGGGAACAGCUGCCAAGAUCGCGAAAUUUGUAACGUGGCAAAAGUUAGGCCCCGUCCACACUUUAUAUCCACGUAUUUUAUCUUUGAAACCGCAUAUUUGAUUGUGUGGACAGGGCUUUAAACCAAUGUAGAGAACAGUUCCGGUGAGCGGAUUCACUGGUUUCGUGUGGACGGAAGGCGGGUCUUAGGGCUUUUUUACAUGGAGGUGGGCGACCCCAGGUAGGUGAGGUAACCCGAUUAGGUGGGUACCCCACCUGUCCAUAUGAUCUCUUAACUGGUCACCCUACCUAUCAUGUAAACGUGAUCAAAUUAAAAUGAGAGAUUGUGCGGAUAGACGGGUCACCCCACCUAAGCGGGUUACCUCACCUACCUGGGGUCCCCCACCUCCUUGUAAACAGGCCCUUAGUCUUGGCGUAGAUAUCUGUACAGCGUUUUGCAAUGGAAUUUGUGAUAGCUUAAUUAUAUUUUCACUUGAUACAGUUUUGUCCACUUUAUACUGUUACAAGGACUAAUAGGCUGUACAUGUAUUUUCAGGAUUCGUUGAUGUUUGUGUUCAGCACAUACCAUCUCCUAAAGCAGCGGCAAAGUCAAAGGUGAGGGCAAUUCAAGUUAAUGUUUUAAAACUCAGGAGCAACCUGACAGAAGUGACCAAUAUUCGUUACAAAUCGUACGAUUACUUUGCCAGUCUCUGUGCAUGAUAAUUAUAAUCCUUGAAGUGGUAAAGUAUUCUUCCGUAUCAGCAAUGUGGACCCUUAACCCUGCUGUGUUUGAUUUAAAUUGUUUGUUUGAGUCAUUUGCCCCCCCCCCAACCCCCACUGUACGAGCCUUUGUCCUAUUAAUUCUGACGAGUGUAAAAAAAAGACCUAUAACCUGUAACUUUUGUUAACACGUCAUUAGUUUACACAGUUUUCAUUAGACUGGCCUGCAAAUAGCGAAAAGCUAAUCGCGGCAAACCGGACUACACAAGAGACGACAUUUUGUUACAUUAUAAAUAGACGUAGUGUUGUAAAAUAAAUAUACGUUUUUAUGUACAGCUAUAACAUAUGUACGCAUUGCUCUUCAUGCUUUUUGAUAACUUGGAAAGAAGAAAGAAGAGGAAAACAAUUAACUGAAAACAAAAGAAAAAUAAAAAUAAAAUGAAGAAAUGAUCGUCGCAGUGAAUGCAAGUUAUGCAAUUACGUAAAGAAGCCUGAAAAAAAUUCAGGACUUCAACGGGGUUUGAACCCGUGACCUCGCGAACCGGUGCGACGUUCUACCAACUGAGCUAUGAAGCCACUGACGUUGGGAGCAGGUCAAUUGUGGGUUCAUAUGUUCCCUUGAAAGAAAUGUGUGUUCAUGAUAUAUGAAAUAAAUCCAGGAAGUAAUGGCAUCUGUGUUAUCCUCUUCUAGAUAGAACAUGUCUACACAGGACCGCUGGACACGGAAGCUGUAGAUGCAAUGAUGGACUGCGAUCCUGAGGUAAGGCACAUGUUACCUUGAAAACAGAGCUUUGAUUCGGAAACUCAAGAAUUGACUAUCGUUCUAUUUUUUUUUGGAGUGAGAACUCGUGUCAUUAAACCAAUUUUUAAAAUAUUUACGCACUGAAAUCUUCUAUUUCUGUUAGGGUCCGCUGAUGCUACACACGUCUAAACAAUACCCUUCACAAGAUGCCACAGCUUUCCACGUUUUUGGGCGCGUCAUGAGUGGAACAAGUAAGAAGUUGGUUUUCCUGUGCGCCUACAUUCUUCCCAUACCCCUUUUCUUUCUUGGCCUUUUAUUUAUAACUUUUAAUAUUAACGCUGUUGUUUUCCUUAUUUUCUGUAGUUUAUGCCGGUCAACAAGCGAGAAUACUUGGCGAGAAUUACACCAUAGAAGAUGAAGAAGACUCGAGAGUCGGGACGGUGAGUAAUAAUGGGAGUUAAAUAGAUAAUGAAAUCCCCUGUAUAACGAACGAUUUUCUUUACCCUAGUAGUAGUAAAAUACAUGGAAAAGAACCUCGAUGUAACGAAACCUCGUUAUAGCGGACAAAUUUUGCCAGUCCUUUGGCCCAUUUUAAUAUCGAAGUCCCACUGUAGUGCGCUACCCGAAGAAAACUGUUAACUAUAACUUAUCAUCAUGGUGUGAGGGACAUAAGAAUUUGGCUCAGAGGAUACGUUGGAGAAUUUCUUUCCUAGGGAAAAAAGCUUCCGACGAUUUGCAACAUAAAUCCAAAGCAUUCCAAGAAUAUUCGUCUAAUUUUCGUUUAACCCUCUAUUCCACGAAAACGCUCGAUUGGUUGCCUCAUCUAAGGUUGCAACCUCCUUGUCAAGUCUCAGUCAACACCAAAAUAAGACUGAAUGGGCGAAUCGGAAAUUAGUAAUUUGAAUCUUUGCUGUAUUACAGGCAGACGAUUUUAACUAUCACAUAACUUAGUGCCUUUAAUUUGCCCUUUGUUUGAUGGUGGAAGUGAGGGUUAAACUGCUCGUCGAGUGCGCAAAGCUGCUAUGACUCAGAUUAUUCUAGUUCUUUGUCCUAUUGUUUUUUAGUUUUUUGAUUCCUUUUUUCUUCCUAGGUGGGCAGACUGUGGAUUGCUGAAGCAAGGUAAGUCUACUUUCUUUCGUUAUUUCUAAACCUUUCUGCUCAUAUGAAGUACAGUAGUUUUUCCUUGUUUAGAUUUUCUAAGCUUACUUACUAGGGCCAGUAAUUCUAAAAGUUUUUGUAUAAUAAGGGAAUUGCAGUCGUGAAUUCUACUUGAUUGUCUACGUGUUCUUAACAGAUACAACAUUGAAUUAAACCGAGUUCCUGCUGGAAACUGGGUACUAAUUGAAGGAAUUGAUGAACCCAUUGUAAAGACGUCAACUAUCACUCAAGUACAAGGCAAUGAUGAGGUGAGCCUGUGGAUCGAGUUAAACAGUCGGGGUAAAAAUAGUUUUGAAAAUACUGUCCGCAGUUAGUGCUUUCCUGCUAAAUACAUUUGUUGGCUUCACACAAGCGAAGUUGGUUUCAUGUAAGCACUUGAUGUAAGUGCUCUUGGAAAUCUUAAGUCGCUCUGUAAAAACAUGGCUUCAUACUGUCAAUCUCUCCGUUCAUUAGAAUCUUGGAAGCGCUACACGUGCACCUGUAGCUUCCCUUUCGUACUUGUCAAGUGUGUUCUCAAGUGUGGUGUAGACCAUAUUUAGCGGCAAACUUCGGCUUCUUUGAACAACGAACGUUUCCAUGGUCACCAAGUAAAGUAGAAGAAUGUAAAUUUUACCUCUUCACACGCAAAGUAGGUUCCAAAAAAACUUACACUAUACUUGAAGAUCUAGUGUGAAGCCAACAAUUGACGUUAAAAUAAAGUGCUUUUUUUUGCCCUUGAGGCCAAAAAAGUAUUCUUCGGGGAGUUCUUUUAAAAACUCGUAUUUUAGUGUAGUGAACUGUUGUCAAAUUAGUAAAUGGAGAUUCAAUUAGUUAGAUUUCGAAACAAAUACACGUCUAGUCACUGAAAGCGCAGGGCACCUCGUAUCAGCUAGUCAUGAUUGGUUUUGAUUCCGUCCUGAUUGGCUGAGUAUGUUCAGCACGAGAUGUUUUUAGCCAAUCAUGACGCGUAAUAAGGCAAACGUAACUAACAGAGUCAUGAUGUAUAUUUUUUGAGUUGCAAUUUUAUACCAAUCAUUUCCCCGCUUCUUUUCAUUUUCCAGGUGUACAUCUUCAGGCCUUUAAAGUUCAACACGUGUUCAGCUAUUAAGAUUGCUGUUGAACCUCAUAAUCCAUCUGAGCUGCCUAAAAUGUUGGACGGACUGAGAAAAGUGAAUAAGAGUUAUCCACUUCUUACCACCAAGGUUAGUUUCUACACAUUUGCCUUGGACUCCCUGGGAAAUACACGAGUCUGAAUAUGUAGAGUAUUGUUCAGCUUUCGGCCCCAAACCUGCAGUCACAUUCUUAUACGCCUGCGUCUUGUGUAGUUUAUCAAGGCCAUUUGAAGUUCAUUGUGUUUCUUUGUUCCCUAGUUUUUCACUUGUUCUUGACUUAUUGUUAUGAUUAUUUUUUUUUUCAGGUCGAAGAGUCGGGUGAGCACGUGAUCUUGGGUACAGGAGAACUAUACUUAGACUGUGUACUACAUGAUUUAAGGAAGAUGUACUCUGAAAUCGGUUAGUCUUGUAAUAUUUUACACUUCAGAAUACUUUCCAUUGCAACUUUUUGAGUAAUUAGAAAACAUAUUCAACACUUAGGGGGGCAGACUCUGUUUGUUGGAGAAAUUUUCGUAAGUUUGUUUGUAAACCGAGUUUUAUGGGCGAAAAUACAGAAUACAAGGCCAACUCACCUUUGCAUUCAUUUUUGUAUCAGAAGGUGAAAUUUUACUGAACUUUUUCACUGGAAUAUCAUUGAGUGAUAAUCAAUGAAUGUCAACAAUUACUGUAUUUAGUAGUUUUGUAUUAGAUAGUGACUUUUUUCAAGGUUUGUACAAAAAUUACCCUGUAGUUCUGAAUUUUACAAAUGAUUAUAAUGUUAGUGAGGGGACAAGAGGCUUAUCCAGUUGCUAAUAAGAUCCUGUUGGACUGAAGUACAAGAAACAGAAAAAGAAAAUUGAAUGUUUUGCAAAGUUUAUAAAGAGAAUCAGAAGGAGCUUUUACAAAAAUGUACAACUUCGGUUGUUUGUGUAAGUUAUGAAUUUGAUUUACAACAAAAAAAACAAGGAAAAAAUUGAUUUUAUUUCAACCAUCAAAAGAAGUUAUUGUCAAAACCAAAAUAGCCUACUUAUGGUCUCUGAAAAAGGGUACCUCAAAAAUUAUCUUCUGUAAUAUUAAUAGCCCGCGUUGUAUUAAAAAGGGUUUUGCCCAACGAGCGGUAUGUGAAACGGUGUAAUAAAAAGAUAAUAAGCGUUCAGUGCAGCUUCAGUUGUAAUAUCACCUCAUUCAUGUCUGAAAUGUUUUGCUUCAUUAUUCUUUUGGCAGAUAUCAAGGUCGCUGAUCCUGUUGUAGCAUUUUGUGAAACAGUUGUUGAAACAUCAUCGCUAAAAUGUUUUGCUGAGACACCAAAUAAGAAGUAAGAGCAGCGUUCCUAUUAAUCGUUUUUUACCUUGAGCGUGUCCCGAACAUGGCUAUGUUUGACGUAAUAUGUUUGCUCUUUCUAGGAACAAGAUCACUAUGAUUGCUGAACCUUUGGAGAAAGGCUUAGCUGAGGACAUCGAGAAUGAAAAAGUUUUAAUUACUUGGAACAAGUAAGUUUCGCAAGGAUAACAAAAAACAGCCUACAUUUUGCGACGCCACCACUCGUCUCCCCGCGAAAUGACGUCUGAGAAACGGGCGCAGAAAUUCCAUACUGAUGAAGCAUCACCUCGAGAUCUGAGUAGUACUUCUUAUUGGUCGUGCUGCGUAGGAAAUUUGCUUCCGCCUAUCAGAAGCACUACUCAGAUCUGGGUAGUGACGCGUCGUCAGUAUGGAAUUUCUACGUUCGUUUCUCAGACGUCAUUUCGUGAGGAAACCAGUGAUGGCGUCCCGAAAUGUAGGCUGUUUUCUCAGGCUAGUUGUGCGACUUCGUGUCAGAAAUAAUACCAACAACUUAUUUUUUCCUUUUUAGACGAAGUUUUGCGGAACAAAAACCUUAGUGGGUAAAAGAGAGCUUUUUGUCACAAACAAGUUACCAAGUCAGGUUAAAAAAAAACAUUGUGCUCAAGAUAAGAGUGAUAACCAUUAAAAUCGCAAGAUCCUCUUGCUUUUGCCUGCUUAAAUUUUUUCGAUCACCCUAACAGCUUCUCUAGAUGAUGUCUGUAAACGAAUAAUCUCGCUAAUCUUGUGCUUUCCUUCGCCUUAAAGCAAAUUUCCGCAGUACUCUGUGCGAUCCAGGGCAUUCAAUGCCGAAAUAUCUUUGUUUUCACACAGAGUAGUUAUUAGUCGUGAUAUGAAUCGGGCUCGAUUGUUUUUAAUGUGGUUUUGUUUGGUCAUUAAACAGGAAGAAACUGGGCGAAUUUUUUCAAACAAAAUAUGACUGGGAUUUGCUUGCUGCUCGUUCAAUCUGGGCGUUUGGACCUGAUAACUCUGGGCCUAAUAUUCUAGUAGAUGAUACUCUGCCUUCUGAGGUGGACAAGAGUUUGUUGAACACAGUAAAAGAUUCCAUCAUUCAAGGCUUUCAGUGGGCAACAAGGGAAGGACCAUUGUGUGAUGAACGUGAGUACUGAAGUAUUUUUAUCCUUUUGGCUUCAUGAAAUGCCUUUGUAUUGCUCAUUUGUAAGCAGAGGGAAAAUAUAUAAAUUCUGAAUCUCAGUAGUUAUGCAACUGUUUGCCGAUCGGGGGUAUGCAUGAUUAUGUGUAGUGUGCGUGAUGAUGUUAGGUAUGCGUAAUAAUUAAUCUGAAGUGUGCGUGAUAGUCUGAAAUAUGCGUGAUGACCUGAAAGGUGCGUGAUAACCUGAAGCGUACGCGUCUCUUCGGGUUGUGGGCACGCUUAGUUUAAUAUUUUAUUUCCAACCCAUUUUCCGAUACAAUUUAAACCAUGUAAUCUUCCCCAUGAUAAAGUGUGAACAUUUUUUACAGCUAUACGAAACGUAAAGUUCAAGAUCCUGGACGCAGUGAUCGCUGGUGAACCAAUCCACAGGGGAGGGGGUCAAAUCAUUCCAACGGCCAGACGAGUUGCUUACUCCGCCUUUCUUAUGGUAAGCUACCUUCAGUUGGUCUCAAAACCUUUACAACAUUUGAUACAGCGCUUUGCCAAAUUAUUGAAAAUGGUGAUUAUUCUUUUUGUUGUUUCCAGGCCACGCCACGUUUGAUGGAACCGUAUUUCUUUGUUGAGGUCCAGGCUCCCGCAGAUUGUGUCUCGUCUGUAUACACUGUUCUUGCACGGCGAAGGUAAGUUCAUGUAUUGUCUGUGAAUAAAUGGAUCAACAUUUUUGUAAAUCUUAUCCGUGGUGCCUUGGCCUUGCCCAUUAGUCGAGCUGUGAAAGCCGAGCGCAGAGCGUGAAAAAACAGAGUGAGCCGCGCGAGCCGAAUGUGAAAGGGGAGACUGAAGAGAAAUGUGAUUUCCUGUAACCGCCAAACACAUUUGAUAAAAUCAAAUGGUGUCUAUGCGUCUAAGGCCCCGUGUAUAAGUAUAACAAUUGUCCUGGAAAGAGUAUUACCCUCCCAGCCGGCGAGUCAACUUGAGCGAGCGUUUGUAUGAGAGAAAAAAAUAACGACCCCCUUGCCCUAGCCAACAGCGUUCGCUCUCUGAUUGCCUUGUUUGAGUUGACCCGCCUGGAAGAGGCAAAUUGUUUAUAUGGGGCUUUUAUUCUUUAUAUUUUGGUUUGAAUGUUUGAAUAAGGGCCCGAAAACUUAAGGCCCCAGGACCCAAAAUCUAACAUUUGGAGCAUCCUUCAUCAGGGGGUAUAACGACGGACUUUUGCUCGACGUGUCGGUAUUUCAAAUCCCUUAGACCUUUUGCAAUGGCCAAUUCACCUUUUAACAAAGUUGAUGGAAAUGAUUGUUUUCCUUUUUAACUCGGAUACGUAUAAUUUGUAAACAUUCAAGGUUUAUUUGUAUUUCUCAGAGGUCAUGUUACCCAGGAUGCACCUGUUCCCGGCUCACCGCUGUACACAGUGAAAGCUUUUAUACCCGCCAUUGACUCGUUUGGUUUUGAGACUGAUCUGAGGACUCAUACUCAAGGACAAGCUUUCUGUCUCUCAGUAUUUCAUCAUUGGCAGGUAAACAAUAAUUCAAUGUUUAUCAGACAGCAUUGGUAGAAAGGAUUCAUUUUUUCCUUUCUGCGCUGCCUGAGUGCAAAUUGUUGGUUUCAGAAUCUCGAAAAGCGAAUGUCUAGCUUGCGAUUUAAACAAAUAGACUGUACUCUUAAACUACUAAUGGUUGUAUUCAAUGCACGAUAUUUUUCUGGCGGUUUGGAAUUGCUCUUUAUUCAAGUUAGAAAUUACUUUUUGUAAAAGUUAGUUGACAGCUAGGGUAGCCUCCGCGCUCCUGUCGCGCUUCAAGCGAAAUGCGCGUUCGCCUCGCUUGGCUCAUUAAUCGCCUGUUACGCAGACUACAACUAAGGAGACUUUAUCUUCAUUUCAAGAUCUCUGAAAUAAGUAAAGACAUAAAACUAAGUGCUGCCGCCACUUGCUCGUUAGUGGGGUCUCGGAAACGUUUUCCUGGGGCAGCUGUCGAUGGUCAAAUGGAAACCUGUGACCAGAAAAGGGGCCGAAUUUUACCCAGGGGGGAAGGGAAUGCUCCUCAGUAAAACUUAAAGUCUAGAAGCUUUGAAAUGCAAUUUCUAGAUUCUAGGUAUCUGUCUUUUCUUUUACGCUUAUUGCGCUGUCUAUGAUACUCUUUGUUGACCACAGCCAACCAACGUUUCAGUUUUAAAGAAAAUCUUAACAGACGCCGGUCAAACCGGCUUUUAUUGAAACCUCGGUGAAAAUCAAGCUUCACCCUUGUAUUGUUUCUUCGUCUCAAGAACUCUUUUAAAUGGCUUCUUUUGUUGUAAUUAUUUGCCAUUUUUCUUCUGUUUAUUGGUAGAUCGUUCCUGGUGAUCCCCUGGAUAAGAGCAUCACCAUUCGUCCACUUGAACCCCAGCCAGCCACACAUCUGGCCAGAGAAUUUAUGAUCAAAACAAGGAGAAGAAAGGUUAGUAUUGGUCGUCAUCUAGCAGUUCAGACUUUGAAUGGUGUAAGUCCUUACCAUAUCAUUGCCUGUCGCUAAGCUUCAAGAGAAAUGCGAACCUAGGCUAUUUAUUGAUGAUGUUUCAAACAAUUCACGCGGAAAUGCAAGUACCGGCUCUUAGACCUAAUGGAUUAAAUUUAGAUUCGAUCACUAGAAGAGAAAAGUUUUGGUGAUGAUCAUAUUUCGAUGUCCGUUUACUUCGUCUCUGAGAGAGAACGUGAAGUGUUUUGUUUUUCUUUGUUAGUGUUGUUGUUGCUCGGACGUUAGAAUAUGCUUUUACCAGCAGUGUGAUUUUUCCACGCUAUAACAAUUACAAAAACAUUAAUUUUGAAAUCGUUUUUGUUUUAAAGGGACUGAGUGAAGACGUCAGCAUCAACAAAUUUUUCGACGAUCCUAUGUUGCUGGAGUUGGCGCGCCAAGACGUCAUGUUUAACUACCCCAUGUGAUCAAAUCCGGAGGAUGACGUCAGCGCCAGGCCUGUGACUUGUAGAUAUAGCCGGCUUACCAUCUGAUAUAAACUUAAACUUCGUGCAUUAAGACGAAAACAAGUCGGUAUGCGAAAUAAAGCUUGAAGACGGCUUACAGUCUUAACGAAAGCACCAACUUCCCAUUUCAAUUUUUAUGUUUUCGUUUUGCUUUUUAUUCACAUUUGUCGCAUGAGGAAAUUAUUUUCAACUCAGUCUGUGUCCAUUAGUUGCUUACUAUCAUUGAACAACCUGCUAACUGCGCUGUAUAGCCUCAUACUACGCAGUCGUUGCCUUGUUGGUGACGUACCUGUAGUUUGUAUCGAAAUCACGGCGAACUUGUAAAAGACAUUCUCGUUCGAGGAUUCGUGGGCCAGGCCCAGAUCAUACAGAGGUUUAGAUGUACUCUUGCUCCUUUUCUCUCUGCACAGAAAGUUCAGUAGAGGUGUAAGUUAGGUCGCGUAACGUUCUGAAUUAUUUCAGACUUUGUCCUUGUAAAUAUGGUUUUUCUGUUUGAAUUUUGUCGUAAAAUGUUUUUACAGGAAAAGAUAGGAACUCGUGGUUUCUAUUUAUUUCCCAAACAGUAGUUCUCCUUUUUGACAUUGAGAAUCAAGGUUUUGUUCAUAAAUGUCUAGCUUGCAUGGCGGGCGGGAAAUCGAGAGCAGGAGUGUCAGAAGGAAGGGGAGAAAAUCUCUCUUUCUUUCUCCCUGUCCACCCCACCCCUGCCGCGCAGGCCAUUAACGUCGAAAUCUUAGCACUUGUCACCUGUCGUUAGUCUAGAGAGUUUAGAAUACAACGACUUCGGACUACAAACUCAAGUGUAAGGCGAGUUUUUCUGUGUUAAAUAAACUGCUUUUUUCUUG